UCUCUCUCUCUCUCUCUCUCUCUGAAGCAAUGGGAGGCUGUUUCUCUGUCUCAGUGUCAUGUGAUAACGUGGUAAAUCAAGUCUGCCAAUAUCUAUGCCUCAAAGGAAGUUAUAUCCACAACCUCUCCCAGAAUCUAGCGACUCUCCAGAAAGCCAUGGGAUUGCUCAAGGCGAAGAGAGAUGAUGUUCAAGGGAGGGUAGGCAGAGAAGAGUUUACUGCGCAUCGUCGAAGACUUGCUCAAGUCCAGGUAUGGCUUAACAGUAUCCUCACAAUGGAAAACCAAUAUAAUGAGCUUCUUAAUACUAGUGACGUUGAGCUUCAAAGGUUGUGUCUUUGCCGAUUAUGCUCUAAAAGUAUGAAACUUAGCUGUCGUUAUGGGAAAAAGGUUAUCCUGAUGUUGAGGGAGGUAGAGAGUCUUAUCUCUCAAGGAGAAUUCGAUGUAGUGACAGAUGCAGCUCCUAUAGCUGAGGGUGAAGAGUUGCCUGUCCAGUCGACGGUAGUUGGUCAGGAAACAAUGCUGGAAAUGGUAUGGAACCGUCUGAUGGAAGAUGAAGUUGGGGUUGUGGGUCUGUAUGGUAUGGGUGGAGUUGGCAAAACCACCCUUCUCACGCAGAUCAACAAUAGGCUUUCUAAUAAAACUGGUGGGUUUGAUGUUGUGAUAUGGGUUGUUGUGUCUCAAAAUGCAACAGCCCAUAAGAUUCAGGGGAGCAUCGGUGAAAAGCUAGGCGUUGGGGGGAAAGAGUGGGACGAGAAAAGCGACGUGGAGAGAUCCCAUGACAUCCACAAGGUUCUUCAGAGGAAGAAGUUUGUGUUGUUUCUGGAUGAUAUAUGGGAGAAAGUGAAUUUAAGUACGAUUGGAGUCCCCUAUCCAAGCAGAGAAACGGGAAGCAAAGUAGCAUUUACCACCCGUUCUCAAGACGUGUGUGGACGCAUGGAGGUUGAUGACCCGAUUGAAGUCUGUUGUCUGGACACGGACAAAGCCUGGGAUUUGUUCAAAAAGAAAGUCGGGGAAAACACGUUGGGAAGCCACCCAGACAUUCCCGAGCUCGCAAGGAAAGUCGCAGGGAAAUGUCGUGGCCUACCAUUGGCCCUUAAUGUCAUCGGUGAAACAAUGGCGAGAAAAAGAUCAGUACAAGAGUGGCGUCGAGCAGUUGAUGUGUUGACUUCAUCCGCCACAGAGUUUUCAGGCGUGGAAGAUGAGAUUCUUCCGGUAUUGAAGUAUAGCUACGAUAAUUUGGAUGGUGAGAUGACCAAGUCAUGUUUUCUAUAUUGCUCUCUGUAUCCUGAAGAUGGUCUUAUUGAUAAAGAAGAAUCGAUAGAGUACUGGAUAGGAGAGGGGUUCAUUGAUGAGAAGGGAGGUAGAGAGAGGGCAAUGAACCAAGGUUAUGAGAUACUCGGGACCCUCGUCCGUGCAUGUUUGUUGUUGCAAGAUGACAAGAAGGAAUCAAAAGUAAAAAUGCAUGAUGUGGUGCGGGAGAUGGCCAUGUGGAUAGCCUCAGAUCUAGGAAAGCAUAAAGAAAGAUGUAUUGUACAAGCUGAUACCGGGAUACGUGAAAUACCCGAAGUGAAGAAUUGGAAAGAUGUGAGAAGAAUUUCGUUGAUGAAAAAUGAUAUUGAAACAAUAUCUGGGAGCCUUGAGUGUCCUGAACUUACAACCCUCUUCCUUCGAAAAAACGAACUCGUGGAGAUCUCAGAUGGAUUCUUUCAGUCUAUGCCAAAACUACUUGUUUUGGAUUUAUCAGGGAAUAAUCUCAGUGGAUUUCGAAUGGAUAUGUGCAGUUUGGUUUCCUUGAAAUAUCUUAACUUGUCAUGGACAAAGAUAUCAGAAGUACCUUUUGUGAAAAUGCUAACACAUCUGAAUUUGGAGUGGACGAGGAGCCUUGAGCGUUUAGAUGGGAUAUCAGAAUUGUCAAGCUUGAGGACACUGAAACUACUACAUUCCAAAGUGCGGCUAGAUAUAAGCCUCAUGAAGGAGCUUCAUCUCUUACAACAUAUAGAGUAUAUAAGCCUAAGUAUCUCGCCAAGAACAUUGGUAGGGGAGAAAUUGUUCUAUGACCCCAGAAUUGGAAGAUGCAUCCAACAACUUUCUAUCGAGGACCCUGGGCAAGAGUCAGUAAAAGUAAUAGUUUUGCCAGCUUUGGAAGGUCUCUGUGAGAAGAUACUAUGGAACAAAAGCCUGACAAGUCCAUGCUUCUCAAACCUCACUAAUGUGAGGAUAAGUAACUGUGAUGGUUUAAAGGAUUUGACGUGGCUGUUGUUCGCUCCGAACCUUGUGGCUGACUCAGUGCAACUAGAGGAUAUAAUAAGCAAAGAGAAAGCUGCGAGUGUUUUAGAGAAUAAUAUUGUUCCUUUCCGGAAACUAGAAGUCCUUCAUUUUGUCAAAUUGCCUGAGCUUAAGAGCAUAUACUGGAAUUCUCUGCCUUUUCAACGUCUGAGACGUCUCCGCCUAAGCAAUGGCUGUAGGAAGCUGAGAAAGCUUCCUCUGAAUUCUAAAAGCGUGGUUGACGUUGAAAAAUUUGUCAUAAAGUACGAUGAUGAAGAGUGGUUAGAAAGAGUUGAAUGGGAGGACGAAGCCACAAAACUCCGUUUCUUACCUUUAUGUACGACCCGAUCGAUGAUCUUCUAAACUGUUUUUCUGUUUCUCUCUUUUUUUUCUUCUGAAAUUGUAUUUUGCCUACCUCUGUUUCUUCUGUUUUCUACGUUUCAUGGUGUCUUCUCGUUUGUCCUAAAAAUAAAUCAUCAUUUAUUGUCA